AUGUAGCCAUAUUAUUUUACAGCUGACAAGCAAAUAGACUUUCAAUUAGACCCAGAAAUGCAAAUUAAUCUGAUUCAAUUAAUGUAGCAAGAAAUUUUACCUUGUUCUAACUACAAUUAACUUGCAUAUUUUACUUAGAUCUCUUAUCCUCUUCCUAUCUCUGCUUACCAAAAAAAACAAAGAUCUAGUAUCCUAUUUUUGAUGAUUUAAAGAAAUACUGAUUCUAAAGGAAGAUUACUAAAAUCUAGAUAGUCAGAAAAUAACUUAUUGAUCAUCCUGCUUAAACACAAUUUCAGAAUGAAUAACUGUACUUUAUUAUUAAAUUAUUUGCUGAGAUAAAUAAUGAACUGUUCCUUAAUAAAUUUAUCAUUGUUCUUAAGGGACCCCUUUACCUCAACUUUAGUCUGAUAUUAUUUCAAACUAUGAUGCUCUAGGAUCAUAGGAAGG